ACAGGACUGAGUUUUCUGAAUCCCACAUGCCAAGAUGAAAUUCACAAAAAGUAAGGAAGUGGAACCCACUGCUCCUGGGCAAGUGUCCAUUAAGAAGCGAUCUAAAGUCCCAGGAGUAAUGAUCACACAGUUUGUGGAGGAAAUCCCGGAAGGAAAAAGCCAUCCCGAUUUCUCCCGCAAACCCAUCGCCUUGACUAUUCAGGAAGGGAAGUUUGCAUUUUUCAAAGCCAUCAUCACUGGAGAUCCAACACCAGAUGUGACAUGGGCUCGAAACAACGGAGAUACAUCUGAUCCGGGAAGAUAUAUUGUUUCGUAUGAUCCAGUCUUAGGAGAGCAUCAAUUACAGAUGCCCAAUGUUGGAGUUGAUCAAGCAGACACGUACAAGUGUUAUGCAAAUAAUGAGUAUGGACGCGCUGUAGUCACGGUCACACUCAAUGUGAUUGAAGUUGGGUUCAAGAAGAGCAAAGCAAUGCAGGAGGCACGAUUAGAACAACGAGAAAAAGCAGUAGUCGAUCUAAAAAAGACCCUGAGGACUCGAGCAGAUCAAAAGGAGCCGAAGAAAGAUGGAGAAGUUGACGAGAAAUUUUGGGAACUGUUAUUGAGCGCUGAUAAGAAAGACUACGAGCGCAUCUGCAUUGAAUAUGGGGUGACCGACUUCCGCGGGAUGUUGAAGAAGCUGAAUGAAAAGAAAAGGGAAAUAGAGGAGCAGCAGUCUCAGUACAUUGAAAACCUGAGCAGCCUGAGACAUAUUGAAAUCAAGAAGCCUGGAUGUGCCGAAUUUGAAUUUGAGAUGGAUCUCAAAGAUCCCAAUUCCAAAAUCUUUCUCUUCAAGGAUGGUGUUAUGGUUCCAUUUACCAAUGAAACAGAUGAGAAGCAUUCGCUGCGUCAAGUCGGCAGAAAAUUCAUCUUUAGUGUAAAUGGUUUGAAUCCAGAAGAUGCUGGAUUGUAUCAAGUUGAUAUUGGGGGGGUCAAUAUCUUCUCCACUGACUUUAAAAUUCCAGUGGCAGACUUCUUGGUAAAGAUUCAGGAAGUGAAGUGUGUGGAAAGAGAGGAUGCCGUGUUCGAAUGUGUCUUAUCUGCUCCGCUCCCUAAGAUUUCUUGGAUAGGCAAGAAUGUUCCCCUGGAACAAAGUGAAAAGUAUCACAUCACUGUCUCCGAGGACAUGCUAAUCCAUAGACUGGUGGUGCAGGACUGUAUGCAAGUGGACAAGGGCAUCUAUGCAGCUGUGGCUGGGAUAAAGUCAUGUAACGCCUGGCUGGUAGUGGAGCCUGACCCAGAUCCAAACCAGAGGGGCAAGAAGGCAGCACGCAAAACCACUCAAGCAGGAGGUGGAGGCACAGACUUGAUCAAGAUUGCGGCGGAGCAACAGGAGAAGUUGCAGAAGGAGCGUGAUGAGAGGAUGGAUGAGGAGCCAAGGAAGAGAGUGAGGACUGGGCCCUUAAUCCAAGACACCAUUAUCGACCCGGGAGUUCACUUCAUCAGUGGGCUGUCAGAUGUUCAUGCCAUCAUCGGUCAGUCAGCUGAACUGGAGUGCAAAAUCAGCCGUGAUGAAUGCGAUGGCAUUUGGUAUAAGGAUGGAAAAGAGAUAACAGCCACAGAUGAUCUGAAGAUAGUCAAAGAUGGAGCAGUUCAUAAAUUGAUUGUAACAAACUGCACAGAGGAGGACAAUGGAAAGUACCGCUUUGAGGCAGAUGGACGUAAAACUGAGGCCAUUUUGGUCGUGGAAGAUCCACCAAGGAUGAAUCAAGAUGACUUGGCUAAAUUUUCAGAGCCUGUAAUAAUCAAGGUUGGCCAAAAUGCAACUUUCAAACUGGAGUUUGUGGGUCGCGAGCCAAUGAAAGUGCAGUGGUACAGUGAGGGUGAGGAGAUGCUUGAGGAUAAUCACAUUAGGAUUGAGAAAUCGGCCAGUCACAGUCGCCUUCUACUUGUGAAGUGUCAACGCAAAGACAGUGGAGAAGUAAAGCUGAAGCUCAAAAAUGAGUACGGAACCAUUGAAGCCCUUUCAAGACUCAUCGUUCUAGAUAAACCCACCAACCCAAUGGGACCUGUUGAAGUAUUAGAAGCCUCAGCAUCCUGUGUGGAGUUUAAGUGGAGGCCCCCAAAAGACGAUGGCGGUUCUCCUUUAUUGAACUAUAAUUUGGAGCGUAACCAAAUUGGACGCAACACCUGGACAAAGAUUGGAAACAUCCCCGGAGAGGCCCAUUACAAGGACACUAAUGUGGACCACGGAAGAAAGUACUGCUAUCGCAUCAGGGCCUUGACUGCAGAGGGAACCAGUGAUGUUUUUGAGACAACUGACAUCCAGGCUGGCACCAAAGCAUAUCCUGGACCACCAACUACACCCAAAGUGGUCAGUGCCUUCAAGAACUGCAUCACUUUGGCAUGGUCACCUCCUACCAACACUGGUGGAACCAACAUUGUUGGCUACAAUAUGGAGAAACGCAAACGGGGCAGCAACUUAUGGGGUCAAGUGAACCCCCCUGAUGAGCCAAUCAAAGGCAAACAGUGUGAUGUGAAAGAGGUUGUUGAAGGAAUGGAAUAUGAAUUCCGCGUGUCCGCAAUCAACUUCUCUGGUGCUGGAGAACCAAGCACACCCUCUGAAUUUGUGAUAGCCCGAGAUCCUAAAAAACCCCCUGGUAAAGUCAUUGACCUGAAAGUCACAGAUUCCACCUAUACCUCUUUGUCUUUGAGUUGGACAAAACCAAAGGAAGAGGAAGGUGUCCAGGAUGAAGCUAAAGGUUAUUUUGUGGAAUUAAGGCCAGCUGAGAACACAGAAUGGGGUCGCUGCAACUCCAACCCACUCAUUUCAUCUUUCUAUACAAUUCUUGGCCUCAAGUCUAUGGCUAUGUACUGGGUCAGAGUAGUUGCAACCAAUGAAGGAGGUGACGGGGAACCACGAGAUCUGGACAACUACAUCAUUGCCAUGCCUCCACCUGUGAGGCCAAAUUUCACCAAUCGCAAAAUGAAGAGCUUUAUGGUUGUAAGAGCUGGAAAUUCUGCUCGGGUCAUCAUAGAUUUUGAGGCAUCCCCAAUGCCAACUAUAAUCUGGCUGAAAGAUGGAACGCCUGUGUCCAAACGUGUAACCGUGAGCAAUGCAGAUGGGACAUCCCAGCUCCUGAUUCCAUCUGCUGAGCGUUCUGACUCUGGGAUCUACACCAUCAUCGUCAAGAACAUAGUGGGUCAGGAGACGUUCAGUGUUGAGAUCAGAGUGACGGAUGAUCCCAAGCCACCUGGCCCAGUGGAGCUGGAAGAAAAUGUCCCUGGCACAUUGACAGUUUCUUGGGAUUCUUCUCCUGAUGAGAAACGAGAUAAUCACUUGCACUAUAUGGUGAUGAAACGGGACUCCAUUAAACGCACCUGGCAGACAGUUGCUGACCGCUUGUUCAACAACAACUUCACCGCAAUUAAUAUCAUGCCAGGAAGAGAAUAUAAGUUCCGUGUGUACUCCAAAAAUGACAUAGGCCUCUCAGAACCAUCUGAGUCCCAAACAUGGGGCAUUGUAAGAAAGAAAGAAAAGUUCAGCCUCAACUUAGCCCCAUCUAAACCUUGCAACUUUGACUCCGCUCCCAUUUUCACGGUUCCACUGAAGACGCACGCUACCCCGGAGAAAUAUGAGUGCUACAUGAGCUGUGCCGUGAGAGGCGACCCCAUACCUCAUGUCACCUGGUACCGCAACAACAUCAGCCUCAACACUAACACCAACUACUACAUUUCAAACACCUGUGGCGUCUGUUCCAUGCUAAUCUUGAGAGUCGGUGCCAAAGACAACGGAGAAUACAAAGCAGUGGCAGAAAACUCUUUAGGCCGUGCUGAAUGCAGCACACAGCUGACAAUCUUAGAGUGAACUAUCUGUGACAUUUGCAAGACUGUGGUGACUCAUCGUCGAUUUUCAUUGAAAACCUCAUCCAAAUAUUUGAAGAGUAUAAAUGUCAAAUGCUAAUUUUUGAUUUCAUAAUGCCAAUUAAGUACAAUAUUUUGCUUAAUAUCUCAAUGAGUUUAUGCAACUUUUUGCCAUUUGAUCAUUGUAUUAAUUUGCCCUAAUUUGGCUGACUGCCAUCAAUAAUUAAAAGGAGUGAUUUACACAUAUAGUGCCUCAAUCAAACAUACUUUUGACAAAACUGUAUAAACCCAUAUUUGUCUCAAAUACUGGUCUCCAAAUUGAUGUUAUACUAUUAUGUUUUACGUGACCACACUAGGGCAACGUAUAUAAACACUUAAAAGUGAAAACAAGUAACAUUUGCUUUUAAUAGCUAGUAAACCUGCUUGCAAAUGUCAGUGUUGUGCAAUAUCGCUCCUUGUAAAUAUAUGAAGUUGGCCAUAAACCCUGAUCAUAAAAAUCCCCCCUACCAGUAAGGAAUGUUGAAAUCUCCCCAUAGAAGCAUUUUCAAAAUCAGUGCAAAAUAUGUUACUCUGAGGCAUUUUCAAAUACAUGUCACCCAAUGUAUGAAAUAAAAAAUAAAAUAAAAAGCAUAAAGGUGUUUUAUUUUUCAUAGACCUGGCCUUGGGUCUUGCUUUAUAGCUUUCCAUUAUUAACUUUCCCCUACAGGGACGUGAGUGCAUGCUAGUAGUAAAUAUGGGAAUGCACAUAAACCUGGUGGCAGAUGGGUUAGUGUGUGGCGGGGUCAGAGAAGGACUGGGUCAAGCGGACAGCUGGCAGUGCCUCUC